AUGUCGUCAACGACCAUAGCAGCAACUGAUCCCUUCACAUUUCCUCGCUUCUCAGAGCUCCCUCCAGAACUGCGCAAUCAGAUAUGGAAUGAUGCCUUGCUUGAGAAGGACAGGCCAGCCUUGUUCCCGUACAUAGAUGGAUGUUGGCACCCGAUAGACCUGUCGGAAUCCGACGAGGGAUAUAUUGCCAACACUGACAAUAUACGGUUAGAAUUCAACCCUGCUUUAUUAGAUCCUAUCCCAAUUGAGGUACCGGUGUAUUUUGUCAACCGUGAAGCUCCUGGCGCCGCCCUAGCCUGGGCCCAUAGACAGGGAGUCAGGAUAAUCUUUUACACGGAGGAGCAGCGACUUGUUUUUGGGCGCCUAUUUGACAACGAGCAAGACACACUAUAUGUGGCGCUUAGCAAUUUUGCCGACUUUUUUGUCGAGCCCUACAAUCGGUUAGCUGAGCCAGAUCUCUUUGGGCGGAUUGCUGGUUCAUGCCGUGCCCGAGGCGCUGCUUGA